GGACGACGGGGAAGAGGAGGAACGGCAAUGAAGAAGAGGACGGCGACGACGAAGAAGAAGAGGAAGCCGCCGACGACGACAAGGAAGAGGAAGAGGAAGCCGACAACGACGAGGAAGAGGAAGCCGGCGAAGACGAAGAGAAAGCCAACGGCGACGAGGAAGAAGAAGAGGAAGCCAACGUCGACGAGGAGGAAGAGGAAGCCAACGUCGACGAGGAGGAAGAGGAAGCCAACGACGACGAAGCGGACGACGACGAAGCGGACGACGACGAAGCGGACGACGACGAAGCGGACGAUGGCGAAGCGGACGAUGGCGAAGCGGACGACGACGAAGCGGACGACGACGAAGAAGCGGACGACGACAAAGAAGUGGACGCCGAAGAAGAAGAAGCGGAUGACGACGACGAUGACGACGCGGACGACGAUGUGGACGGCAGCGACGACGAUAACGACGCACACGACGCCGACGACAAGGUGGACGCCAACGACGGCGACGAAGAAGACGGGGACGACGACGCGGACGGCAACAACGACGACGAUGAUGACGACACACACGACGCCGCCGCCGCCGACGCAAACGACGCCGCCGCCGACGACAGCGCCGCUGACGUCGACGCCGACGCCGACGCUGACAACGCUGACGACGCUGACGCCGACGACGCCGGCGAAGAAGCCGACGCCGCCGGUCGACGACGAAGAAGUGGAUGACGACGAAGUAGAAGCGGACGACGACGCGGACCGCGGCAACGACGACGACGAUGACGACCCACACGACGCCGCCGCCGACGUGGACGCCAACGAAGAAGACGCAGACGACGACGUGGAUGGCGACAACGCCAACGACGAUGACGACGCACACGACGAUGACGAUGCACACGACGCCGCCACCGACGACGAAGAAGCCGCCGCCGACGAUGACGGCGCCGACGCCGCCGCCGAAGAUGCUGACGACGCCGACGCGGACGCCGACGACGUCGGUGAAGAAGCCGAAGCCGCCGACAAAGAAGCCGACGAUGACGCCGACGAAGAAGCCGACGACGACGUCGAAGAAGCCGCCGACGACGACGAAGAACCCACCGACGACGAAGCCGACGACACCGACGAAGACGCCGACACCGCCGAAGUUGACGCCGCCGCCGACGAAGCCGAAGAAGCCGCCGCCGGCGCCGACACCGACGAGUGGAUGCCUCCGCCGAAGACGCCGAAGCCGGCGAAGAAGAAGAAGCCGACGAAGAAGAAGAAGCCGACGAAGAAGCCAACGCCGGCAAAGAAGAAGAAGAAGAAGAAACCGACGAAGAAGAAGCCGAAGAAGAAGAAGAAGAAAAACCGACGAAGAAGAAGUCGACGAAGAAGCAGCCGACGACGACGACGACGACGAUGACGAAGAAGAAGAUGAAGAAGAAGAAGAAGAAGAAGAAGAAGAAGAAGAAGAAGAAGCAGAAGAAGAAGAAGCCGAAAAAGAAGAAGAAGCCGAAGAAGCCGCCGAAGAAGAAGAAGAAGUCAAAGACGUCGAAGAAGAAGCCGAAGAAGAAGAAGUCGAAGAAGAAGAAGAAGUCGAAGAAGAAGCCGAAGAAGAAGAAGAAGAAGAAGCCGCCGCCGCCGAAGAAGAAGAAGAAGAAGAAGAAGAAGAAGAAGAAGAAGCCGAAGAAGAAGAAGCCGAAGAAGAAGAAGAAGAAGAAGAAGAAGAGCAUGGUUAAUUCUCUACGGGAGGACGUGGACGACAUCAGAAGCAGUUCAAGGUACGUUUUAAGUCUCAGGCACCAUCUGAGGACAGAUGGUUUAGUAAACGAGAACUAAUUGA